CGAUGUGAAAAAAAAAACAAAGAGGGAGCUCUUGCCAGCUGAGUGGCCGACGUCCCGAAAAUAAAUUUGGAUUUUUGAAUUUUCGUCAAAAUUUACGAAUAAUUAGCAAGCGAAGACCGAAUCUCACAAUAAUGGCACUCGCUCUUGUCCUAAGAGGAUUCCCUCGCACUCUGAACGGCACCAUCCGAACGAGCCAUGUUUGGUCAAAGGGCCAGUUGAGCAGCAGUCUUUUCAAACAGUAUCCUGCUGCGGGAUUUCUAGCCAAGGACAAGGGUGCAAUUGUCCCUGUCAUACCUCGGAGAGAAAUGUCUGCAGGUGGGGACCACGUAGCGCUGUGGACAGCAGAACGUGUCCUUAGCGUUGGCCUCUUGGGCAUCAUCCCAGCUGCCUUCAUUGUCCCCAGCGCCACUAUGGACUACCUACUAGCUGUCUCCCUUGUCAUGCACUCACACUGGGGCAUUGAAGCUUCAGUCAUUGAUUACAUUAGGCCAAAUAUUUUCGGACCUGUCAUCCCGAAGGUCGCUAUUGCAGCUCUGUACGGAGUGUCCAUUGCAGCCCUUGGCGGUCUGAUCUACUUCACAUAUGGCGAUGUCGGCCUCGUCAAUGCAGUGAAAAUGUUCUGGAAAUUGUAAAAUUUGAAUUUGUCGUUUCAUAGAGACUGCAAUUGCAAACGCUAGGUGGUCGUUAGGCAAAAUAUUUAUUUCUCUACUGAUGCCUCCUUUUGCCACAUUGAUUGAACAAACACCAGAAACUGUAAAUAAUUAAAAUCCAAAGGUGGCAGUAUUACAUAAAUUGCUGUAAUUGGGUUGUAUGUGAGAAAUUUCAUUCUUUUCUUACAAUAAAUAAUUCAUUUCGUCUGAUUA